AUGUUGGCAAAGUGGCUGAUCAGGGGAAUUCUUGGAGAGAGAAGUCAAGAGCACAAAAAUGCCAAGAUGGAACGAAAAUCAGCCAAACUGGCACAUAAAAUCUCCCGGUUGGAUGUGAAAGCUGCCAAAAUUGAUUACAUGGCUACAAAAUGUCAGUACAAAUCUCAACAUAAGAAGUUAUCCUGGCGCCAGAAGAAAUGGCAGAAAAAGGCGGACAAUUUGCUGAAGCAGGCAUCAAAGCUUCAGGAGAUUUCUAGACCUCAGGAAGGCACACAACCAGAAGCCCCUCAAGUGGAGCCUGAAGCAACUGGAAGAUGGGUCAAGGAUCAAGAACAUGAUAUUACCAUUCUUCCUCCUCGCUAUGAAGAUGUCUGUUUACAGCAUCAGCCACCACCGUAUGAGGAGAACGUGACGGAGAAGACCAAACUUUACCCGGUGUUGAUGUAG